AUGGGAGUGGUAGUCUACAACGUCACGUCCACGUCAGCCAGAGUUAGCUGGCCGCGCUCUCCGGAAUGCCUGGACACCUUCUACAGCGUGAUGUACGACCCCAACUGGAACAGCCUCCUCAUGGGCUACAAGCGUAAGAGCUUCAUGCACGAGGAGCGGAUCCCGGUGAGCCAGACCACCACCUACCUCGGCAACCUGCACCCUCAGAGCGCAUACUUCCUGUGUGUGACGUGCCAAGCGGCCAAUCCCGUUCGAGAGCAGUGCCAGGUCUUCAACACUUUAGGUGACGCUGGGGACAGCAGUGACCGGUCGGGAUGGGAGAUGGCCAUGGGCGUGUGGCUGACCUGCUGCAUACUGCUGCUGAUCAUCGCCGCCAUCCUGGUCUGGGGCUGCCUCCACACCCUCUGCUGCUCCCUACCCACCCAAACCAACACCGAUGGGAGGCAGGUGGACCAGAACCACCAGGAGAACUCCACAAUGGGACGCUUAUACACUCCCAGCAGCAGCGAAGACAGCACCAACAACAACCAUGCCAUGCUCAGCCCGACUCCUGCGCUAACGCCACAGAGCAACAACAGCAGUGGAGUGGACUAG